GCAGAGCAGAAAGCUAGCUAGAUGAGCGCCGGAGAGGUAGUGGGGCACAAACGUCAAAGAAGCUCACUCUCCCUGGACAUAGCUACAUAAAACAGACCCCGAUCUAUAAACACACAAAUGGUGCAAAAAGCACCACAGAAAAGAUGGGGUUCUACCUCCUAGCACAUCUCCCGAAAGGCCUGUGAGUGUCUGCAAGUCACCCACCCGUCUCUUCGGAGGAUUCCUCUCCCCCCGCCAGUCGAACCGCACCAGCCAGGCAAUGACAGCGGCCUCGGCAACCCCGCAGCAGAUGAGAGACCGGCUGCUGCAGGCCAUCGAUGGCCAAAGCAAUCAGAUACGCAACAUGGUGGCUGUAAUGGAAGUAAUAUCCUAUCUGGAGAAAUAUCCAAUCACCAAAGAAGCACUUGAGGAAACCAGGCUGGGGAAGUUGAUAAACGAUGUGCGGAAGAAGACGAAGGAUGAAGAUCUUGCUAAGCGUGCCAAGAAGCUGCUGCGGAACUGGCAGAAGCUGAUCGAGCCCGGGCAGACGGAGGCCCUGGCGAAGGGGGGUGUGGGGACCCCCGGUUCGGCUAAUGGCGGCCCCCUCCCCUGCCGGACUGACCCCUCCCCUCCGGCCGUCAUUCCCGCCGGUAAGCCCAUCUCCGAGCUGAAGAGCAGGAACGACAUCCACAACUCCCACCCCGGGAAGGCCGAGAAGUCCGGCGGCCGGAAGCGCAAGGGCGCGCAGCGGGACGGACUGCACUCCAGAAAAUCGGCGCAGGAGCCCGUGCACAACUCCACCCCGCCGUCCACUAACGGCGUGGGGGGCAGUCCGGAGUCCCUCCCCAGCCCCCCGGACCCCGGCCCGCACCCGGCCCCCGACAGGGGCCGCACGGAGCACCUCGACAACAGCAGCGACAAGCACGGCAAGAUCCCCGUCAACGCCGUCAAGCCUCACCCCAGUUCACCGGGACUUGUAAAGCUACCUAGCACUUCCUCCCUGCUAAAAACGGCGGUGUUGCAGCAGCAGGCCAAAAAGGACGACGGGGGCGGAGGGGUGCAGCCCCCGCCCCCGCCCCACAGCCCCCGCUGCUCCUCUUUCAGUCCGAAAAGUUUGAAGCAAGAACCCCCGGCCAAGAGGCCCACAACUUAUGCACCUAAAGGGACUCUGCCGAGCCCGUCUCCCAGCUCCAGGUUUCUGGACGUCUCUACUCCAGUGCCCUCUCCCUUGCCUUCACCCCAGCCUUUAAUCCCCCCUGCCCCUGCCCCGGCGUCGCACACAGAGGGGCCCCCGCCCCUCGAACCCAAGCCCCCUCUGUCCUGGCACGGGCACGCCCAAGACCACCUGCACCUUCAGCCUAGCACCGGGUUGCCAGAGCUUCCACAGGACUCCCCGAAAAGCACCUCGCACAGCUUGUGCACCCCGCCGCUUGGACAGACCUUCUCGUCAGAGGGGGCCAGAGGCGAGGCCGAGGGGGCGAACUCCUGCUUCGAGGGCAAGAGGAGGAAGAGGUACAGGCCCAGAGACUACACGGUAAACCUGGUCGGCCAGCCGACGGAGGAGAGCACAAAACCGGUCCGGUUAAAAGACCGCAGGCUGACCUUCGACCCCGUGACGGGGCAGAUCAAACCGCUCGCGCACAAAGAAUCUUACCCGGGCGAGGAGCCCCCGGGCCCUCCCCCGCCCCCUCCCCCUCCCCCUCCCAAAAUCCACCGGACAGACCUGCCCCCGCCGAACCCCAGCGCGCCCCUCCCCAGCCCCUUCCAGCAGACCAACUGGAAGGACCUCUACAGGAACGAGAUCAUCCAGUCCUACCUUAACAUCCAGAGCAGCGCGCUCACGUCGUCCGGCGCCCAGACCCCCGGCGCGCACUUCUUCAUGACCGAGUUCCUGAAGCGCGAGGAGCGCUGCGUCAAGGAGUCGCGCAAGACGCACGUUUUAGUGGCCGACGGUCCGGACGCGGACCUGCCGGGCGUGAGCCGGGAGGUGCAGCCGGAGGACCUCAACAGAAUACACAAAGAGCACUGGCCGGGGGUCAACGGCUGCUACGACACCAAGGGCAACUGGUACGACUGGACGCAGUGCAUAGCCCUGGACCCCCACGGGGACGAGAGCAGCCUCAACAUCCUGCCAUAUGUCUGCCUAGACUGAACCCUAGCUUUUGGUUUUGUUUUUUUUUUUUGUUUUUUUUUUCCUUUUUGUAUUCUUCUAAAAGGAGGAAACGUGUUUUAAGUGUGUACACUGUGAGCAGUGGGAAGGCAGGUCAGCUGGCUCCCCAUGGCCUCCCUCCUGAGAGAGAAUAAGUUGGUGUAAAGGGGGGGGGGGGAACGGUAGUCAUAUCUGCCGUAAGGUGUCGCGCAAACCUUUUUUUGGCGGGUACAAGAAGCUUUAUGUGGCAUAAAAAAAAUGAAUAAAGUUUCCUUAUGUAUGCAUAUAUUUAUUUGACAUUUCAUUUUCCUUUUAUUUUUGGAAGUUUAUAAAGACAAGAUGUGCAAAAACUGUAGAGCUGUUCUGUUUGCAUCACAUCUCUUUGUUUGGCCUGUUCUGCAAUGCAAAAAAAGGCAUACCUAUGUGUUACUCAUGUCCUUUCCCACGAUAAAUUGGUUGGUUGACGUAGUAGCUACCAACAUUCCAUACUCCUCCCUACCCUUGUUUACUGUCACCCAUCAGUUUUUCUUAACAUACAGGGAAUCUGCAAAGAAGACAUUUUUAAAUAAAAUUAAAUAAUUUAUUGUUGGACACAUAGUUUUUUUUUUUUCUCUUGGAUUGGUUGAUCUUCCUCUGUUUAUGCAUCUCUGGAAAUAAGGUGAACAUCGUAAAAAAUGGAAAAAGACAGGAUGCUACCGCAUUGCAACUUGUGCUGUGAAGAAAGUACAAAAUGCUGUAUGCUGGAACUCAUUACCAUUCCUUUAGAUAUUGUUUGCCUUACGGAACUAUCAUAACUUUUUUUUUUUUCUUUUUUUUUUUUUUUUCUGUUUUUUGGCAAAAACAAAGAGCCUUAGUGAAUGUACAGAAAUUAGAUUUCUGUGUUCAGUUUGAUACAGAAGGGAGCAACUUUACUAUUUGGUCCUUUUAAAUGGACACGUUGAUAUAAAUGUGUAAAUAAAAAUUGCACAAAAUCUG